AUGGAACUUAACGUCAAGCUCGGAAAGGAUAGCGGCAUGCCCUUGAAAGAUGGUUCUCGCUAUCGUUCUCUAGUCGGUAGUCUCAUCUACCUCACCCACACUCGGCCCGACAUCUCAUACGCCGUCCACAUCAUUAGUCAAUUCAUGUUUGCCCCGACUGAUGUCCAUCUUCAUGCGGCGCACCGCAUUCUCCGAUACUUACAAGGUACAUGUACAAUUGGCCUUUAUUUUCCUUCCACUGGUACAUUUGAUCUUGCAGCUUACUCCGACUCCAACUAUGCUGGGUGUAUCAACACUCGAAGAUCCACGACGAGUUGGGGUGUUCGUAUGGCGGGCUAUUUUGUCUCCUGUCGGUGUAAGAAGCAAGAUAAGGUCUCCAAGUCUUCAAUGGAAGCGGAAUAUAGAGCCAUGUCCGACGUUAGUUCCGAACUCAUUUGGUUACGACACCUGCUAGCUGAUCUCGAUGUCCAUUGCUAA